AAAGCCCAAAAAAAAAAAAAAAAAGGCAAAGCGGGAGCACUCAUUGCAGUGAUCUCCGAGCUCGAGCACUGCGCACUGACCACACACGCAAGUCCAUCCAUGGAGCCGACAAGCUAGAAAAAAAGGAACGUCAAUCUUAGAAACGAAUCAAAGCUCCCCUGUAGUUGUCUCCGUCCCCGUCUCUCUCCGGCGAUGUCGCCGUCGGCUCGGAUCCUCCAAACCCUAGCUCUCUUCCUCGCUCUCGCGUCCCCGGCCGCGUCCCACACGCCCACGGCGGCGUCGUCGUCGCCCCCCUCCCGGUCCUCCUCCCUCUCCGAGUGGCGGUCCGCCCGGGCCACCUACUACGCCGCGGCCGACCCCCGGGACGCCGUCGGCGGCGCGUGCGGCUACGGGGACCUCGCGAGGGCCGGGUACGGCAUGGCCACCGCGGGGCUCAGCGAGUCCCUCUUCGAGCGCGGCCAGAUCUGCGGCGCGUGCUUCGAGCUCCGGUGCGUCAACGACCUCCGGUGGUGCAUCCCGGGGACGUCGCUGAUCGUCACCGCCACCAACUUCUGCGCGCCCAACUACGGGUUCGCCCCCGACGCGGGGGGCCACUGCAACCCCCCGAACAAGCAUUUCGUGCUCCCGAUCGAGGCCUUCGAGAAGAUCGCCCUCUGGAAGGCCGGUAACAUGCCGGUCCAGUAUCGCAGGAUCAAAUGCAGAAAGGAGGGAGGAAUUCGUUUUACAGUUGAUGGCUCGGGUAUCUUCAUCUCAGUCUUGAUCCGCAAUGUGGCUGGUGCUGGAGAUAUAGCUGCAAUAAAAAUUAAAGGCUCGAAAACUGGAUGGCUUCCAAUGGGGAGGAAUUGGGGUCAGAACUGGCACAUUAAUGCAGAUCUGAGGAACCAGCCCCUGUCCUUUGAGGUGACCUCUAGCGACGGGGUUACGGUGACAUCUUACAAUGUUGCUCCCAAGAAUUGGAUCUUUGGACAGACUUUUGAAGGCAAGCAAUUUGAGUCCUGAAAGUUUGAUUAACGUAAUCAAAAACAAGGCAUUCUUUUGAUUACUCUCUGCCCUCAUUGGUAUCGGAUAUGCUUGUGUGCUGUAAUUGUGCACAUUUUGAUGGAAAAAGAGGUAAAAAAGUGACUUGAGUGGCACAAGCAAGCUCAAGUGUCUGUACCGUUAGUCACAGAAAGGGCACUUCCAUAAAAAAUACGUGUAUCCUUUCAUAAAUGUGUUACGCCUGGGUCUCUAGGUAGCUGCGGUUGCAUGCCCAUGCCCUUGGAUUAUUAUGGAGAAAAGGUUAAUAUGCUACCCAAAUUCUUUAGAAAUGUAAAACUUAGGUAUCCGAGUAGGAAUGUUUUACUUUUCGUUGAUGGUGAGUUGUAUUUUAUGGAUGCGGAUUUUGGAAAGUUUAAUCGAUGCUGUACUUUUCUUACAAAGAAACCAAGGUUGCAUGGACGUGCCGAAUUCUAAGGAAGAGAUGAGAGUUUUGUGUAGCAGUGGACUGUAUUGUGGGUGAUAAUACUCUUAUGUUAUGGAGACUGACGCAUCUUAUUUUAUAUGCUUUAAGACAUCUGUGUGCAUUGUAACAUGCCAAAAAAAAACUAAUGCUCGAUUGUAUUUUGCAGUCAUGUUAUGUUUAACCCAA